AGAAAAUACAAUAGCUAUCAGAAUAAUUCUCUGCCGUUUACAAACGUUACUUUCACAAUCGUAAACAAUUUUUCUCGUUAAAAUCGAUCUGCAAAAAUGGAGAGUGUGAGCUUGUUCCUCUGUUUUCCUGCCCUGUUAUUCAUAACAGCUGCUCUGUAUCUUUACAAUCAGCUCUAUACCAAUCUUCCACCAAGCCCUUUCCCUGCCUUGCCAAUAAUUGGCCACCUUUGGCUCCUGAAGAAGCCUCUGCACAAGGCUCUCUCCAGGCUCUCCACCAAGUACGGUUCCGUCUUUUAUCUUAUCUAUGGCUCUCGACGAGUCCUCGUCGUGUCCUCUGCUUCAGCUGCAGAGGAGUGUUUCACGAAGAAUGAUGUGGUUUUUGCCAACAGGCCUAAUAUUCUGUUUGGGAAGUACUUGGGGAACAAUUUUACCAGCAUUGUUUGGGUGGGGUACGGGGAGUACUGGAGGAAUUUACGUAAGCUCUGCGCGCAGGAGAUUCUGUCGCCUCAUAGGCUGCAGAAGCUGGCGGUGAUCAGGGUAGAGGAGGUGAGGUCUAUGGUGAGGAGGUUUUAUGGUUUGUCUAGGGGUGGAGUUGAGGUGGUGGAGAUGAGGCCUGUUUUUUUUGAGCUUUUGUUUAAUGUGCUGACUAGGAUGAUCGCGGGGAAGAGGUAUUAUGGGGAGGAGUCAGGGAAGACGGAGGAGGCUAAGCGGUUUCAGGAGAUCAUGAAGGAGACUGCUAGGCUGGCAAGUGUCGCGGAUAUGGGGGAUUUUGUGACGGUUUUGAAGUGGUUUUGGUUUAGGGAUUUGGAGAAGCAGUUUGUUGAAUUGAGUAAGAGGAGGGAUGUGUUUAUGCAGAAUUUGAUUGAUGAGUGUCGUGAUUCGGGGAGUCAAGGGGAGAAUAGAACUUUGAUUCAGAUUUUGUUGGAUUUGAAUGAGGCUAAUCCGGAUUACUACAAAGAUGAUGUGAUUAAAAGCCUGAUGCAGACGCUCUUACAGGCAGGAGUUAGUACUUCAGUCGAUUCACUGGAAUGGGCAAUGUCACUUUUGGUUAAUAAUCCAGAAGUGUUACACAAAGCUCAAAAUGAAAUCGACAGUGUUGUGGGAAAAGAUGGUCUAAUUACAGAAGCACAUUUGGCUGAGCUUCCUUACUUGCGUUACAUUAUGAAUGAGACUCUGAGAAUGUAUCCAGUAGCGCGAUUUCUGAUACCCCAUGAGUCCUCCGAGGAAUGUACAGUAGGGGGAUUUCGUGUUCCUCGUGGAACUAUGCUGCUGGUUGACGUGAAGGCUGUACAAAAUGACCCGAAAAUCUGGGGAGACCCUGAGGUGUUUAGGCCUGAGAGGUUCCAGGAGGCGAAUGUGGGGUUUGGGUUUAUGCCAUUCGGGUCAGGGAGAAGGAAGUGUCCUGGAGAAGGGCUGGCUACGCGGGUCGUUGUAUUGGCAUUAGGGGCCAUGAUUCAGUGCUUUAACUGGGACCGGAUUGGUGAAGAGAUGGUUGAUAUGACUGAAGGCCAGGGCCUUUUUGGUCCCAAAGCUGUGAGCUUGAAGGCCAAGUGUGGAGCUCGACCAAACAUGGUGAGCCUUCUAUCUGAACUCUGAGGAGAUUUGCAGCAGAUCAAGUCAGAUUUAGUCUAACUUGAUCCUCUAUAUUGAUAUGAAUGUGUAUCUUUUAUCGUUAGGCCAUGAACUAGACUUUACUUUCUUAUCAGUGCUUGUUGGUAUUGAUAAUUCUUAGGCUAUUCGUCAUCGUUUUGAAGUUC